AUGGCCAGGAGACCUAGGCACAGCAUAUAUAGCAGUGAUGAUGAGGAUGAAGAUGUCGAGCUAUACGAUCAUGACUACGAUGGGUUGCUCCCCAAGGGUGGAAAACGUCAUUUAGGGAAAACACGAUGGACCCGAGAGGAGGAUGAGAAGCUAAAGAAACUUGUGGAGCAUGGCACAGAAGAUUGGAAAGUUAUUGCCAAUUUCCUUCCUAAUCGGACGGAUGUACAGUGCCAGCAUCGAUGGCAAAAGGCUAAUCCAGAACUUAUAAAAGGCCCAUGGACUAAAGAAGAAGAUCAGCAAGUAAUAGAGCUUGUACAGAAAUAUGGCCCUAAACGCUGGUCUGUCAUCGCCAAGCAUUUAAAGGGAAGGAUUGGGAAACAAUGCAGAGAGCGUUGGCACAACCAUUUGAAUCCAGAAGUGAAAAAAACAUCAUGGACAGAGGAAGAAGAUAGAAAUUAUCAGGCACACAAGAGGCUUGGAAACAGAUGGGCAGAAAUCGCAAAGUUGCUACCUGGACGAAACGAUAAUGCUAUCAAAAACCAUUGGAAUUCUACAAUGCGUCGAAAGGUUGAACAAGAAGGUUAUCUUCAAGAGUCCUUCAAAAAUCAACCAGUCUUCAGGUUUUCAAAGAACAGCCUAAUGGGUUUUACCCAUACUCCACCUUCUGUGCAUCUGGCAACAGACACUCAAGCCGCAGUGGCCAGUGACUAUUCGUAUUACCAUAUUUCUGAGACGCAAAAUGUCUCUCCUCAGAUCCCAUAUCCAGUAGCACUUCAUGUAAAUAUUGUUAAUGUACCCCAGCCAGCUGCUGCAGCUAUUCAGAGACACUAUAAUGAUGAAGACCCUGAGAAAGAAAAACGAAUAAAGGAAUUAGAGUUGCUACUAAUGUCGACUGAGAAUGAACUGAAAGGGCAGCAGGCAUUACCAACUCAGAAUCACACUUCAGAUUAUCCAGGAUGGCAUAGCACUGCAAUUGCAGACAAUACCAGAACCAGCGGUAAUGGUGCAGCCAUUUCCUCUUUGGGGGAGCAUCACUGCACUGCAUCCCCACCCAUGGACCAUGGCUGCUUGCCUGAAGAAAGUGCAUCCCCUGCAAGGUGCAUGAUUGUUCACCAGAGUAACUUCCUGGAUAAUGUUAAGAAUCUCUUAGAAUUUGCAGAGACACUUCAGCUAAUAGAUUCUGAUCUGUCGUCAUGGGGUGAUCUCAGCAGUUUUGAAUUCUCAGAAACAUCAAAUGCUUCACCUACCCAGGUUCCCUCAGACAAAACCCCACAGCUUCAGAAAACAGACAGCAGUGUGUGUAGGCCUGAAGGACACCCUCUUGCAGACUUAAGCAAAGCCAUGUUGAGUCAGGAUUCCUUUGCUUUACCAAAGUCCUUGACUGGCUCCAAAUGUGGCCCAGCUCCAUUGGUCAUUCUGCGUGCAAAGAGAAGCCAUUCCAUGAACCAUUUAGCCAAUGGUCAUAAUAAGUCCUUCAUUCUUGCUGAAGUCAGCAGCUCAACUCCUAAGCAUUCCCCUGUCAAAAGCCUGCCUUUCUCUCCUUCCCAGUUCUUCAGCACUUCUUCUAUCCAAGAAAGUCUGGAUCUGGACAAUCCUAUUUUAAGUUCCACUCCACUGUGUACUCACAAAGUCGCUGUUACAACACCUCUUCAAAAAGACCAAGCGUUUAAGAGCCAGAAAGAAAAUAAUUCUUUCAGAACUCCGGCUAUCAAAAGAUCAAUAUUGGAGAGUUCUCCUAGAACACCAACUCCAUUUAAAAAUGCAAUUGCAGCUCAAGAAUUAAAAUACGGACCCUUAAAAAUGCUGCCUCAAACACCAACUCACCUGGUAGAUGACCUGCAAGAUGUCAUUAAACAGGAGUCUGAUGAAUCUGGUAUUGUAUCCAGCCUAUGUGAAAAUGAUUCCCCUUUGCUGAAGAAAAUCAAACAAGAGGUGGAUUCUCCAUCAGGGAAAGCAGAAAACUUCCUUUGCUCAAAUAGCUGGGGAGGCGAAGGGCUAAACGCACAGCUUUUCCCAUAUGCAUCAUCAGCAGAAGACGUGCCUAAUCUGCUGACCAGUUCCAUUAAAGAGCCUACACCAGAAGAAACGACAACAAUCAUAAAAUUAUUCACAUUUCAUAGAACUAGAUCAUCAAGUAGCCCACUUCAGCAUUUUAGCAACACAUGGGAUUCAACUUUCUGCGGGAACGAAGAUCAGCUGACUUUUUCCGACCCAGCGCGCAAAUACAUGGGUGCAUUCUCAGCUCGAACUCUGGUUAUGUAAAAGUCCACCAACAAGCAUUACGUUCUCUUUUUCAAAACACUUAACAGUUGAUUUAGAUUUACCAUUCUU